AUGGUUUUUUACUAUAAAUGUGAGCUUGUUCAUCCACCAUACAUCUUGUACAUGGGUGCGGACAAAAAUGAAAACGACGAAUUGAUCCGAUGGGGCUGGCCGGAAGAUGUGUGGUUUCAUGUAGACAAGCUUUCAUCAGCGCAUGUCUACUUGAGGCUCAGAGAGGGUGAAACAUUGGAUGACGUUCCGGAUGCAGUCAUACAAGACUGUGCACAACUUGUCAAGGAUAACAGUAUCCAGGGUUGCAAGUUGAACGAUGUGACUGUUGUCUACACAAUGUGGGAAAAUCUAAAAAAGACUGGCGAUAUGGCUGUUGGACAAGUUGGAUUUCACAACGGAAAACUGGUUCGAAAAAUUGUUGUGGAAAAACGAAUUGGGGAGGUCAUUAAACGUCUAGAGAAGACGAAGGAAGAACGGUCAGCCGUAGAUCUUCGCGCACUUCGUGAGGAGCGGGAUCAACAGAUGCGCGCCAAAGAAAAGGCCGCACAAUCUGCCCGGAAAAAAGCCGAACGAGAGGCUCAAAAAUUACGCGAAGCUGAGGCAGAGCGGCGCUCCUAUGACCGCUUGUUCGUCGAAAGUAAAAUGCGGACCAACGAAGAUGGCUACGAUUCAGAUGAAUUUAUGUGA